AUGUCUUCGAAAGCACAGCGACGUCGAGCAAAGCCUUCAGUAACCGUGAAGCAAGCAUUUGAAGAAAAUGAGAAUGAAAAUAAACUGAAUACUCAUGUCAUAUCUGAUGGAUAUGAAUCAUCACCAAUGGGUAAUAUUGACUUAGAUCGGUUCUACGAAAGAGCAUUUUUUACGAUCAAUGAUUCAACUGUCGAAGUUGUUUUAAAUAAUGAUAUAUUAAGUUGGUCGACUAUUUCAAAUGUAUCUAGCGAAACUUCUCGUGAACAGGCCCAUCAAAGGCAAGCUCCUAAUAAUGAAUAUUUGAAUUCAAUUCAUUUGCAUGAUGUCUAUGCUAUAUCGCCAAUGUAUCAUGGAUCGCAUCGAUCAUUAAAUAUAAAUGAAAAUCAAUCGGAUAUCUCUCUAUCAAAUACAACGUCAUCAUUAUCGUCCUCGUCAAAUCUGCCAUUACGUGGAUUUCAAUUACAUUCAUUUGAUAAAAUGAAUGAAAAUAUUUUACAAGAAAUUCUCGUUAUUUUUCAAAGCAAUACACCGAAUCAAAUUGAGCAAUGGUAUCGAUUACUUUCAAAACUUAUUUCUGAACAUCGACCACCACGAAAUUUUCUUGUUAUCUGCAAUCCGUAUGCUGGUUCGAGGCAAAGCCGAUAUGUUUAUAGUACAAAGAUUAAACCUAUGCUAGAAAAUGCACAUCAUAGUUUUACUUAUUCCGAAAUCGAUGAUUUCUAUUCUGCUGAUGAAGCACUAAAUGAUUUUCAAGGUGAUUUCGAUUCGUUGGAUGGUUUAGUUAUCAUUGGUGGGGACGGUUCAGUUAUUAAUAUUACUAAUGCAUUACUUCGUUAUCUAGCAAAACAAAAUCGCACGAGACUAAACGCAGAAGAUGAUUUACCACAAUUAACAUUUCCUAUAUGUAUAGUGCCGAAUGGAACAACAAAUAUUGUAUGCCAUUCGAUUCAUGGUUGUACAGAUCAUCACACAUCAAUUCUUCAUUUACUUUUCAAUAAACGAAUGAAAAUUGAUAUGUCAGCAAUAUUUGAUAUUAAUUAUAAUUUUGUAACAGCAAAUUUCAGUGCUGGAGCUGGUUUUCCAGCUAAUGCUCUUAAAUAUUUUACACGUUACUCAUUAUGUAGUCCAAAUAAAACUAUUCGAAAAUCAUUCGCUAAAGCAGCUUCAAAUAAAAAUCUCAGAUUUAUCGAAAUGGAAAUUCGUUAUAUUCUUGCAGAUCAAAAUAGUAUAACUAUGACACGUUGUCAUCGAGGUUGCAGCUCAUGUACUCCACCGAGUAUUGAAGUAUAUGAUAAUCAAGUGAAAGUAUUUGAUAGCACUCACAUACAAAAUAUAAAUAAACGAAAAAUGCCAUCCUUAUCCAAUAAUAAUCAUAGUACCCAUUCGUUGUCAGCAUCUAGAAAAUCUUAUAGUCAAGAAAAUGAAGAAAAAAAACAAUGGAAAACUCUACGUGGUAAUUAUUUACAAGUUGCAGUAUUGACGAAUGCAAAUUUAUGGUCAUUUGCACCACAAGGUUUAUCGAAAUUUGGUCAUAUAGCGGAUGGUUUACUUGACUUAGUAUUGAUUGAAUCAACAACACGUAAAGAAUUCUUACGUUAUAUUAAACGCAAUGGAAAUUCAAAGAAUCAGUAUGAGUUACCAUUUACAAGAGUAAUUAAAGUAAAGGAAAUCGAAAUAGAAUUGAAAUUUCCAAACAAUUAUUUAAUAAAUGGCAUAUCAAAUACAAAUAAUGAAUUAGAUUCAUCAUCAUCAGAGGAUUCAUCCAAUGAAGAAUAUUUUAACAAUGAAAAUAGAGGAUCUUUCACACAACGUCAUGAACCUCAUCCACCUAAUGUACCUAUAUCGGAGGAUAGUCGACGAUAUCGCCGUCCUCAUCACCAUCAUAUCAAUGAACAAGCACAAGAAUCUUUGAAACAAAAAAACUAUUCAGAAACAGAAUGGAAUAACGGAAAGAUGAAUUCUUAUAGCACUAAUGUAUUACCUCGUCGCAAGAGCUUUUUGUUUUCAUUAAAAUUAAAAAAAGAUAAAACUACUCUACCACAUCCAUCGAGUUUUGAUGUUGGUAAAUAUGGCGAUGACAAACAAAAUCAAAAAAUUCAACGAUUACCUUCUGGGUCACUUCGAUCAGCAAAAUCAUUGCUAAAUCUUUUCACGAGUGGUAAUUCAUCAUCGGUCAAACUUAAUCAAUCAUUAAAUCCAAUGCAAGAAUCAUCUCAUACUAGAACCAAAACUAGUAUUGGAAGACGAUCAUCAAUAAUUAGUCGAUCGUUAAGUAAAGAAAAUGAAAAAAUACCAACAUCUACCAAUACUCAAUACCGAAAUAGCAAACAACCAUGUAUGUGGAAUUUAGAUUUUACUCCAUACAAUUCACCAUUGAUAAGAAUUAAAUGCUUUUAUCGAUUUUUACCAGUUUUUGGUGUUGGUCAGGAUCGAGAUACAACAAUGAGAGAAAUCAAUUAUUCAUGUUUUGGACGAAUCGGUUAA